CAAGAAUUGAAAGACGGCAGCUUUUUUGUAAGAAGUGGAAGCCACCGCCGGCCGACCAUCGCCGGUCAGUAACCCAUCGCCGGCCAGUAACCCAUCGCCGGCCAGUAACCCAUCUCCGAAGAGAGGUGUUUGAUAGAUCCAGGUGAUAAUGUCUAUUCUGGGUUGUCAUUAUCAAGAGUUGAUCUAAUAUUCUUUGCAAAUUCGGAAGCUUUAUUGUAUUGGAUUUUGAGAUAUUGAUCCAAACUUCUAUAAUGAGGUCCAGUACACUGCUAGACUCAGCUAUCUUCCAGCUCACUCCCACUCGAACCAGGUGUGAUUUAAUUAUUACUGCAAAUGGUAAGACUGAAAAAAUUACUACGGGUUUGUUGAAUCCGUUUCUCGCGCACCUGAAGACUGCUCAGGAUCAGAUUGCCAAAGGUGGUUAUUCAAUUUUACUUGAGCCUGAAAGUGGACGUGAUGCUUCCUGGUUUACAAAGGGAACUCUGGAAAGGUUUGUGCGAUUCGUUAGCACCCCUGAUAUCCUUGAACGAGUUUAUACAAUUGAAUCAGAGAUCUUACAAAUUGAAGAAGCAAUUGUUAUUCAGGGAAAGAAUGAUUUGGGACUGAACAAUGUAGAACACCGCCAACCCAAACCUGUGACAAACCAUGAAGCCAGCAUAACAAUGCCAGAUGCCAAUGAGGAGAAGGCUAUUAUCCUUUACAAGCCUGAUGCUCAACAUGAAGCAAAUGGUUCUGAUAGGCAUGAAGAAAGUUCAAAGGUUCAGCUUUUAAAAGUCCUGGAGAGUCGCAAAGCAAAUCUGCAGAAAGAACAGGGAAUGGCUUUUGCACGUGCUGUGGCUGCUGGGUUCGACAUUGAUCGCGUGACUCCAUUGUUGUCAUUUGCUGAAUGCUUUGGAGCUACACGUUUAAUGAGUGCUUGUUCACUGUUUAUGGAUCUCUGGAAGAGAAAGCAUGAAAGUGGGCAAUUGCUUGAAAUUCAAAAAGAAGCUGAAGCAAUGUCUAACAUCAUGAAUACAUCAGGAACUAUGCUUUCAAAUAAUAAACCCCAUAGUGAGUUAGCUUCAGAUAACAAGGGAAACGAGAUCAUAGGUGGAGGUGCUGAGGAAAGGCAUCCCAUGGAUCAAAAAAGUCCAGGAACACAACAAGAAUACUACCAAGGCCAGUUCCCACAUCCUGGCUUCCCUUCCUGGCCAAUGCAUUCACCUCCUGGAACUUUGCCCAUCUAUCCAACAUAUCCUGUGCAAGGUGUGCCUUACUACCAAGGUUUCCCGGGAAAUGGUGCACUUUACCAACCACCUUAUAGGAUGGAUGGUUACCAACCCAAUAAUGAUUUGGAGCUGAUUAAAGAUGAAUCCAUAAAUCAGGAAUUAAGGAAGAAAACUAGCAGAUUGGGUAAAAAGAAAUCAGGUGGUGUUGUAAUCAAGAAUAUUAAUUACAUAUCAAAGAGGAAAAACUCUUCAGAUAGUGAAUCAGAGUCGUCCUCAGAAUCUGAAAUUGGCCAAGAAUCUCAGGAUACAAGGGAUGGUACUUCCACAGCAAUUGAUAAGAAUCCUGCAUCCUUCAAAAGGAAAGGGGAACGUGCAAAGGCAGAAUUGUUUAAAAAUGAUCAUCAUGAAACGAGCUAUGGAAACGAGACAGAUAGUGGGCCCUGGCAAGCAUUUCAGAAUAUUUUAUUGAGAGAUGCUGACGAGGACAAGAAGUGUAUUACAGAUAAUGGUAUGUUUGCAUCAGAGAAAAAUAUCCAAAUGAAAAGGAAACCAAACUUAGACAGUGAGGACCCUUUAACUCUUGGAAACCAAAAUCCAGAUGGUCAUGGCCACAACGCUACAAAAUAUAUGGAAAUGAGAGGAAAAGGCAUCUAUAGGAGUACAACUGAUGACAGAUUCAUGGUUGAUGGACGAGAACAUCAGCAAUUCAGGAAUUCUUCUGAUCCGCUUGUAGUAGAUGGAUUUGAAUACACUUCCAAUAACCUAAGUCAGAGUUCACCAGGUGCUAUAAAUGAUGAAUCCUUCAUUGUCCCUUUCAGGUCAAUGACACUCGACCAAAUUGGUAUUGAUGAUAGGACUACCAUUGAUGUGAAUUCUGAGCUUCCAUCAAAACUUCAGAAAUCAGAAUACAAUUCUUUCAAAGACAAUAAAUCUAGUUAUGAGCCGUAUGACUUGAACUUGAUGCCUGAAAGAAGAGUUGAAAAUGAGACAGCCGGAUAUGAUCCAGAUCUGGAGUACAAAUUGCAGGUCCGUGGAACUGUGGCUAAGAACUUAGAUGAAGAUAGGAAGUCAAAAGCUCUUCCAGACACUUCAGAUAAAAAGAAGUCUGUGGGACCAAUAAGGAAGGCGAAACCGUCAAAGAUGAGCCCACUGGAUGAUGCGCGAGCACGUGCUGAGAAGCUCAGAAGUUACAAAGCUGACCUCCAAAAAAUGAAGAAAGAGAAUGAGGAGAAAGAACUGAAAAGAUUGGAAGCUUUGAAGAUCGAAAGACUGAAGAGAAUUGCAACUAAAGGAAGUUCUACCCCUACUCGGUCCUUGUUGCACUCACCACAAAGCAAAAAGCAAUUGCCUACUACUAAGCUUUCUCCCAGCUCUCAUCCUGGGUCAAAGUUCAGUGAUUCACAGCCAGGACCAACAUCUCCACUGCAGAGAUCAAAGAUAAGAAUUUCUUCAAAUAUAUCCAGUACCUCUAAUAGUGCCUCCAAAACUAGCAAAACAAGCAACAGUAGCCAGUUAGCACGGAAUAGGUUGGUUAGAUCAGUUUCCUCAUUGCCAGAUCCAAAUAAAGAAGACAAUGGUGUUGCUUCUGAUACAAAGGCUUCUAUGGCAAGAAUAAGAAGGUUGUCAGAGCCUAGAACAAUGAACAAUCCCAAUGUUGUUCCUCCUGUGAAGAGAAGUCUUGAAUCAGUAUCAAAGCCAAAGGUAUUAAGUGAGAAUGAUAGCAAGAAAGUAUCUCCUAUUAUAAACCCAACAAAAAGCAAAGUAAAAAGGACUAUAGAUGGUAGAAUCAAACCAGCCGCCAAAGAGAUGACAGAGAAAGUAGAAACGGCCAAGAUAUUUAAACUAAGUAUUAAACAAACAGUAUGUGAUAAUGAUAUUGACACACAUGAAAACCCUGUAAUUGAGAAAACUCUUGUGAUGCUCGAGUGUGGGAAGCCAUCUGUAGUUGUUCCCCAUGCAUCAUCUGAACAUGUCGGUCAACAAACAGGACAGUUCGACAACAAAGAAGAGAGCAUAGAUAUGAAAAAGGGUAAAAAAGAAUCUGAAAAUGGCUUACAUAUGCAUGGAGUCAGUAAACUCGCGGGAGGUGGAAAACAGGAUCGGAUUGUCGCACAUGAGGAAAUGACUCGACUUUCUGAGGAAAAGCAGCAAAAGUUUGAUGGGAACUCGGCUGUGGAGAAACCUUAUCAAGCCCCUUAUGCUAGACCAUCUUCCUUUGAUGACAAAUGUGAUGGAAACUCAGAAUAUGCAAAAGCACCUUCAGUGAUGUUAGAUAUGACAGUUGCAGAAACUUCCAAGAUUCAUGUUUCUGGAUCUAAUGGCCUGAAAUUGGAAAGGAUUCCUGAAAUGCCGGAGAUGUUACCUCAGUUGAAAGAAUCACCCAAAGGGUUUAAGCGGCUUUUACAAUUUGGAAAGAAGAAUCGUAGUUCAUCAUCAAGUAAAAAAAAAUUGGUGUCAGAUAAUGCAAGUUAUGGUUCUGAAGCAGGUGAAACCGCCACCACGAAUGCAGUUUAUUCAGAAGUUCGCACGUUGAAGAAUCUGAUAUCGCUGGAUGAAUCUCCUCCAACUUCUGGCUCUAAAUCACAGAAGCCUUCGCGCCACUUCUCGCUGUUGACUUCUCCCUUCCGUAGCAAGACCUGCUGAAAUUUCAGGUUUUCAGGGUCACGUUCGCCAUUUAGAGUCUAGGUAAAAUUGGAGAACCAGAAUGUCUUUUGCCCCGUUAGGUUAUAUUAUCUUUUUGCAUGCAUGCACGAUAUAACAACAAAGGCGUAGAGAGAUUACUACUACUCCAGAUGUAUUUAGCAAGAAAGGGAAGAGAACAGAAUGUGUGUCGAGUGUAAAAUCCAGGCGAUUUUUCGAGGUACUUCUCUCUCGCACACAUGUAGAAUUGAAGCCUUGCUUACUAGAAUGGCAUAAACCAUAAAUCUUUUUACUUAAUUUUGUUGAUUUUUUCUGUUCUUCUAUGAGAAUAUGGUCUCCUUUCCUUAGAUUUUGAUUUUUUCUGAGCCUAAAACGAAAUGGAAGUUUUUCUAUUUCAUUCCAAACAUGAAAAUAUGUUAGUUUAUUUAUCAUCUAUAUAAGGAUAUGAUGUUGGUUGUUUAAAUAAAAAAGAUGGUGUAGGUUUGACU